GGUUCAUUUUAUUCACCCAACGAUAUUACCGGAAGUAAUCGUGUGAACGGUCACGGUCAUCCCGGAAGUGAGUGAUUAAAUUUGUCUCGUUUCGUUCAAUCACUACCAUAAAUAGAAAUAACUUUUAAAAUUCCAACUUAAUUACACUUAUUAUUGAGUCGUCAUUCAUUAUUGAAUACAGACAGCAUCGCAAUGGGUUCGCGAUAUGAUGAUGAGCCACGCUGUGGUAUUUCAUGUCUGAAAUAUGUGCUCUUCAUUUUCAACUUCUUCUUAUGGUGUGGUGGUGCUGCGGUCACUGGCGUUGGCAUCUGGACACUUGUUGAUAAGUACGACUACACAGGUGUCAUGUGUAGCAACACAUACUCCGCUGCCACGUAUAUCCUCCUCAUCUCUGGCUUGCUUAUCAUCUUUGUUGCCACCAUGGGAUGUUGUGGUGCUGUACAGGAGCAGAAAUGUUGUCUUCUUAUCUAUUUCCUUCUGAUAUUCUUUAUAUUUAUGAUGGAGCUAAUAGCAGGCAUUGUAGCGUAUUCUUACAGAGGAAAGAUUGACAUGGAACUACAGAACUGCUUGAAUGAAUCUCUGGUGAUGAAAUACGGCCAGCCUGGAUUUGAGAAACUUACUCAAUCUUUUGAUGCUAUGCAGGGAUACUUCAAUUGCUGUGGUGCAGGCUCUUAUAAAGAUUGGGAUCACAGCUUGUGGAAACAAAACCAAGAAGGCGUCAACAAAGUACCUGACAGCUGCUGUAAAACAGAAACACUUCACUGUGGAGUCAGAGAUCACCCUUCAAAUAUCUACAGAAGAGGGUGUAACGAUGGCCUUGGGGACUACAUUGGUAACCAGUUACUUGUUAUUGGCCUUGUCUGCCUUGGUGUCUGUGUUUUUCAGAUAUUUGGAUUAAUAUUUUCAAUGUGUCUACUUUGUCACCUGAAACAUGAGGAUACUGAAAUAUACUAAGAAGAGAGAAAAAAGAAGAACCAAAACUAAAUCUGAAAUUAAUGGUAUGAUAAUGUUACAGGUGAUUGCAGCUCAACAGGUGUGAUAUUACCAUAAGACUACCUGGAAAUCAAUUAACCAAAUUUAUAAAAUAAAUCAAUGUUUUGCACUAUAUUCAAACCAAAGAGGUUGAUUUUUCUUAGUACAACCAACUAAUACAAUGUACAGUAACUAGCUGGCUAGGAAAUAUCUCAAUAUCCUAAGCCGAGUAAACUGUAGUAAUGUUAGGCCUACAGGUAAUAGGCCUAGCAAUCGUAGGACUAGCAAACCCACGCCUAGCAAACCUAUGCCUAGCAGACGUAGGCUUAGCAAUGCUUGCCAUACAAAUUAUGUAAAAUCAUAGAAUCACCAGUUUAUCCUAAUUCAAACGUUGCAUUCAAGGUAAACAAGAGAGUUUACAAGUUGACUAUUUUAUGUUUGUAUUCAACUGAAGAGAAUGGUUUCUUUAAUUUUUUCUAAAGAUUGAUUUCUUUUUAAAACACCAUGAUAAAAAUUUUUUUCUACUUGUUUUCUUUUUUUCAUUUUGAAGGCAACCACCUUUUUUCUACUUUGUGAGGUGUUCGUUUAUCAUAUUUUAAAAUAAUUGUGUGUACAAAAAUAACAUUUUUUACUUUACAGUUUUAAAAGUUCGCCCAUACCAUCAAUCACUUUUCCUAUGUACACAAUUUUUCAUAUUAUUUUAAAAUUACUUCAUAAAUUUGUAUUUUUGUGAUUUCAUUUUAUAUUAUGUUUCAAUUCAAUUUUCUUACUGAUUAUAAAAAAAUUUGUACCCUUAAUUGUUGUAUUCUAUAAUUACCUCAUGAUUUGUGGUGAUCCUAUUUGAAAUGACGUUAUGCAAAAUAUUCACCUAACUACUAUAAAUACCUGAAACCUUGUUUCCAAAAAAUCGCCAAACGCUAAUUAUACCGAUAGCUGUCUGGUUGAUCAUUUGAGUCAGGGAAUGUAUUGUGCAUUGCAUUGGGAACAGAUAUGCAGUGUAGCGAAUGCUGUGAAAACACUGUAGCACAGUGUCUGAACGAUUUUAUGGAAACCAUGCUUACUAAAAUAUUGAAAUAGGCAUAUUGCCAAAUCAUGCAUUGACAGUAGGUAUACAUGUAGAUACAUUACAAGAGACCAAAUAAUUGGUAUGAAAAGGAAUUUACAAAUCAUCUUGUAUUUUUGUUUUUGCUAUGUGUGUGUGUGUGUGUGUGUGUGUACUCUCUCAUUUUAGAACCUUUUUUUAAAGAAUUUUUGUAUUUGGUUGAAUUCAAUUCAAGAUUUAUUCAACCCCCAAAAAAAUGUGGACAAGGAAUCUCAAUAAUAGUAAUAAUUCUUUAUUUGCCCUCACUCAACUUAAAAGUAAUUUGGUAGAAAAAGCAACAUUAUUUAAGAAAAUUAAUAAAUUAAUAUUUGUUUUUUGAGAAUAUUAUCAAAUAGUUUUGAGAAUGAUCAAUUCUUGUGAAUAUACCAUAUAAUGUCAAAAUGUUUGAUACCAAAACAAAUUUUCUUCCUUGAUAAAGUUGUAUUAUAGUAUUUAUGAUAUUGAUAAUUUAUGAUAAUAAUGUAGUGUGCAGGCUAGUUAUUUAUUUCACUAGUGUUGAUUAAUAUAAUUAUACAAUUUUAUUGUCAAUAAGGUGUUUUUUAAUCAAUUAUUAUACAUAUACCAUCAAAACAAAUUAUUUACAUUUCCUUAUUAACUACAGUAUUAUAAUCUUUUAAAUUAAUUGUCUUAAUAUGUAUAAAACAUACAUACUGAAUAUUAUAUACAUAUCACAUACAGUUUUUUGAAGAUUUACUAUAGAGUAAUGUUUUACAGAAGUCUUAUAGGGGUGUCCUCGGAACAGUUGUUGGCUGCAGUGUUUUAAUAAAGAUAUACAUUACCUUGUUUCGUGGCAGAAAAUGUGUCCCCUUAGUAGUGGCGUCCCCUUAAUAGGUAUGUCCCAAAGAAAGGGUUCUGUUGUAGUUGAAAAUUCACACCUAGUCCCCAUUUCUUAAUCAUCAAGCCCCAUCAGUUAACUUUCACCCGUCCACCCCCCCCCCCAACCCAUGUCAAUAUUCCUAUAUAUACCACUGAACUUAAAUUAUCAUGACAGGAAGACUUGUCAAACUUAUUAGUUAGCUACCUUUGUAGCUUUAAAAAUCGAUAUAUAUUACAUCAUGUAGUUUGUAUUGUGUAGAUAAUUUUAUACGAAAUAAACACAGUUUAACUGGAAUGUUUUUGCACAUUUGACUAAUAUGUGUAUGUUAUUGUUGCAUAAGGCUAUUCUGUAAAAACCUUAUCUCGAAAAGAGAAGCCCAUCUAAGGCUCUUUUAAAUGAGAAGCCUUCAUUCAAAGUUUUACGUUGUAUAAAAAUUGAAGUACAUAGGAUCGAGUUUAUUUUAUCCGAAGGAAAUAUGUUUGCUACUGAGUGGUCUGUUGUAAGCCUAUAACUCAACUUUUAAUACUUCAACUUUAUAAUACAUAAUUUUUUAUGUUUUUGUAUUGAAUUUUAUUGAAUAGUUUAUUUUGCACUGUAAGUGUAGCAGAUGCUCAUAACAACGGAAACACAAUUAAGAAGUCAAUUCAAACUGAGGACAUCAUAAAUUGUGUAUUUUUUAUUUCAAGCGAUAAACCUUUGCCUUUUAGCUCAGCGGUCAUGCAUUUUAUCCACCAUAAUUUUGGCUCUCCUUAUAACAGACUUUGCCAACUAUUGAGACGUUUCUAUUUGUUCAGCCUGUGAAACUCUUUUUUUCUUUAUAAACGUACAUAUAGACCUAUGAAAUCCAAUAGAUACUAUAAAAUGAUUAACAUCGUAUUAUCGGUUAUAUGCUUAACAUUCCAACGUAGAAAUACAGUUUUGCCAUUUGACAUACAAUAAAUUUUUCUUGAUAUU